AGCCAAUUGCAUAUCGUAGAACGUGAUAAAGUCAGUGAUGGAUCAUAGAUAUAUGAUAAACUCAAUAGCAUAUAAUGUAUUCUCACAUCUCCAGCUUUGUCUCCACAUGAUACCAUACGCAUGGCACACUUGAUACAAUGAGACGCCCCUACUAUUCGGGACAAAAGUCACAAAACUCGAUGCUCUCUCCAGUCUCACCUGGUCCCACGCGAAAAACCAUGUGGCCACCCAUGUCCAUACAUAAAACAACUCCGCCAUGCGCCCCACGCGUGCAUCUCCUGCUAUAAAAACGAACAUCUCCACAGUACACGAGUGCUCAUUGCCUUCCAAGCACAGCAGCUCAUCACUGAGCUGACCAGAGAGAGCCGGAGAUGGGAUCGACGGCGACGGCGAGGCGGCAGCACCACGCCGUGAUGGUGCCGUACCCGGCGCAGGGCCACGUCACGCCGAUGCUGAAGCUGGCCAAGCUGCUCCACGCGCGCGGCUUCCACGUCACCUUCGUCAACACCGAGUUCAACCACCGCCGCCUCCUCGCCACCCGUGGCGCCGCCGCGCUCGACGGCGUCGUCCCCGGGUUCCGCUUCGCCGGCAUCCCCGACGGCCUCCCGCCCUCCGACCCCGACGCCACCCAGGACAUCCCCGCGCUCUGCUACUCCACCAUGACCACCUGCCUCCCCCACCUCGACGCGCUCCUCGCCACGAUCAACGCCGACGCCGCCGCGGCGCCGCCGGUGACGUGCGUCGUCUGCGACGGCGUCAUGUCGUUCGCGUACGACGCGGCGAGGCGGAUCGGCGUGCCGUGCGCCGCGCUGUGGACGGCCAGCGCGUGCGGGCUCAUGGGGUACCGCCACUACCGGCAUCUCGUGGAGCGGGGCCUCGUGCCGCUCAGGGACGCGGCGCAGCUCACCGACGGGUACCUCGACACGGUGGUCGACGGCGCGCGCGGCAUGUGCGACGGCGUCCGGCUCCGCGACCUCCCGAGCUUCAUCCGCACCACGGACCGCGGGGACACCAUGCUCAACUUCCUCAUGCGCGAGUGCGAGCGCCUCUCCCUCCCCGACGCCAUCAUCGUCAACACCUUCGACGACCUCGAGCGCCAGGCGCUCGACGAAAUGCCCAGGGUCCUCCCGCCGCCCGUCUACGCCGUCGGCCCGCUCCUCCUCCAGGUCCGCCGCGCCGUCCCCGCGGGCUCCCAGCUCGACGUCGCCGUCGGCGCCAACCUCUGGAAGGAGCAGGGCGGCCUUCUCGAGUGGCUCGACGGCCGGCCGCCGCGCUCCGUCGUGUACGUCAACUACGGCAGCAUCGCCGUGAUGACGAACGAGCAGCUCCUCGAGUUCGCCUGGGGCCUCGCUCACAGCGGCUACCCGUUCCUCUGGAACGUGCGCCCCGACCUCGUCAAGGGCGACGCCGCCAUGCUGCCGCCGGAGUUCCUCGCCGCCGUGGAGGGCCGCGGGCUGCUGACGACGUGGUGCCCGCAGGAGCAGGUGAUCGAACACCCUGCGGUGGGCGUGUUCCUGACGCACUCCGGGUGGAACUCGACGCUGGAGAGCCUCGCCGCGGGCGUGCCGAUGCUGAGCUGGCCGUUCUUCGCGGAGCAGCAGACGAACUGCCGGUACAAGCGGACGGAGUGGGGCGUCGGGAUGGAGAUCGGCGGCGAGGCGCGGCGAGGGGAGGUGGCGGCGCUGAUACGGGAGGCCAUGGAGGGGGAGAAGGGGGCGGAGAUGCGACGGCGCGCGGCGGGGUGGAAGGAGGCGGCGGCGAGGGCGGCGCGGCCGGGUGGGCCCGCGGAGUGUGGGCUGGAUCGGCUCAUCCACGAGGUGCUCCUCGCUGGUGGGAACAAGGGUGGUCAAAGGCUAAGCUAGCUAGCCGUUUGACGCACGUGACUGUGGGAAUUAAUAAUGUGUGGACAUGUGUAUUUGAAUUCCAUGUGAAAUUCGAAAUGAUUCGUCAAACAAUUUAAUUUAUGUAGAAAUUCCUACGAAA